AACAAGAAAAUGAACUAAAUCAAGUAAAUAGAGUAAAAAAAUAAUGGUAAAAGAUGAUUUUGGGAUGUCCAAACAUAUGGUAAGUGUGAUGAUAAAUUUGGGAAGGAGGUAGUAUAAAACAUGUCACAAUUGUACCACUUCUCAUUACCUCUAACCCUCUCUACUUCUCCUACUUCAUUUUCAUCUCCCCUUACAAAUUGUUAUACUAAUCCCUCUCCUUUCUCUUCUUUCAUAUCAUGGCGUGGUGGAGGAAACUCAUAAGCCUGAGGUCGAAGAUCUAUGGCGAAGGGUCUUUAGACAGUUUGCAGGCUCAUAAGAUCUUCCCAAUUGGCAGUGGUGUACAAGAAAACCAAGUCCAGCUCUUGGCAGAAAAGAAUGCUUCUUCUCCUCCUCCUUCAGUAGUUGAGGAUAAGAAAACAGGAACUGCAUUUCCUAAAAAGGAAAAGGACUGGAAGACGACAUUGGCGAGCAGGCUGCUGGAGGAGAGCCCACGCAGUUCGGUUUACAGUGGGGAGGGGAUGGAUCUGCUGUGGGAGAGGUACGAGAUAAACGACUCGAUAAAGACGAACAGCUUGAGGCGCGAAGAAGAAGAAGAAGAAGAACAGAUGAAGAAGAAGAAGAGCAAGAAAACGAUGAAAAAAGAGAGAUGUGAUGAUGAUAAUGAGGAGGAAGAGGUGAAGAUUGGGCAGCUUUGUUGCUUGCAGGCACUCAAGAAGUUGUCAACUGGGAAGGGGAGCAGCUUUGGGGUGAUGGGAAGUUCUAACCUUGUGAAGAUUUCAAAGGCCUUGAAAGGGUUCGGAUGGGUUCGCUGGGUGAGCAAGAUGGUGGUGCACGUCGAAGACAGAUUCUGACAGCUUAGCUUUGUAUAGUAAAAUUUUUGCUGUCUUCUUUUUUUUUGCUCAUGAGAAUAUCUUGUUUUUUUGAA